CAGGACGGGGUGGGGCAUGUCGAUGUAGACUGGGAAGAAGGUGGUUUGGAAAUGUUGGCACCAGGUAAGUCUCUUCAAAUAUAUAUUUUUUAUCUGCGGUAUGGUAUAAAUUUAAUAGAGAAGUCCACCAAAGGUUCCAGUCCCUUCACUUUGAUCGCCAAAUUAUAUGCCUGAGCAAAUGGACAAAAAGCGAAUAUUUGAUGUUGAAUGUGCAUCAAGAAGUCACCAUUGUAACCUCAAAGCUGACGCAAAGCACUGUUUUAGGCAUAAAUCAUGCAUUGGAGUUCGUACAAGUUUGAAUUCAUCAGUCCUAAAUACAAUACUUUUGAUGCGAACAAUUGUGUGGAGCAAGUACUCGAGAUGGAAUGCGGUUUCACCGAUAUAUGUUUAUUCCUGGUGUUAGUUGCUGUUCAAUUCAGAAAGUAUUCGAUUUUUGAUGAACACUGACGUAAGGUAGGUUCAAACAUUGCUAUUGAUUUGCAAAAAAUUUGUGAAGGAUAUCCCACACCGUAAAUGAAGGCGCUUUGUCUAAUAAUCAGUUGGUAACAGUUUGUUAUGAGCAUGUUUAACAUGGCGCCGCCAAAAUUUGGAGUCGAGACAGAGGCAGUCAUGUUAGCAAAAUGUUUGCCUAUAGUUU